UGGACUGUAAAGGUGGCUGGAGGCAACAGCCGCAGAUUGGUCUCAGUUCAAGUUUAAACAGGCAAGAAAGCAGGAGGAAGAAAUUGCAGAGGAACAGACCAAACUAGGUUUUUGCAUUAUAAAGAGACAUGGGCAAUUUCAAAGGUCAUGCUCUGCCUGGGAGUUUUUUCCUCCUCUUUGGCUUGUGGUGGUCAGUGAAGUACCCACUAAAAUAUGUCUGUCGAAAGAACAAGAAUGCUUGUUACCUUGGUUCCAGGGCAGGAUUUCAGCGUCUGGAAUUUAUUGAGGGGAUCAUCAAAGCAGUAUUUGCCCUGAUUGGUAUGAUAGCUGAGCAGUUUGUUCCUGAUGGACCACAUCUGAAGUUGUAUAAUUAUGAGGAAAAACACUGGGAUCACUUGAUGAACUGGCAGCAUGCCACCAUGUAUCUCUUCUACGGCAUCUCAGGGCUGGUUGACGUUGUGGCUCAUGGCACCAAUGCAUUGCCAGUGGCCUUGGAUAGGAUGAUGCUUUCGUUAGCAGUUUUCAUCGAAGGUUUUCUCUUUUAUUACCACAUACAUGGGCGAGAUAUGCUGGAUUUUCAUGUUCAUCAGUUACUUUUAGUGGCUAUCUUUGGAGCAGCUUUGUGCAUAUUGCUGGAAGUCUUCUUCCGCGGCAGCAUUGUCCUUGAGAUGCUCCGGACGAGUCUCUGCAUUCUGCAAGGUAGCUGGCUCUGGCAGAUUGGUUUUGUACUUUAUCCUCCAAAUGGCAGACUGGAAUGGAACCAAAUGGAUCACAAUAAUAUGAUGUUCUUGACAAUGUGCUAUUGCUGGCAUUAUGCCUUUGCUUUUCUCAUACUUGCAGUGAAUUACACUAUUGUUAGCUGGGUAGUUCGUUCAAAGAUUAAACAGGCCCAGUCUGUGGAGAUGGGAUUACUGAAGACAUCCGAACGAGAUCACGAAUCAGAAGACGAAAUCUAGUUUUGUAUAAAUUCUGUUUUACCACUUUGCCUUCUUUACCAUUAAGAUAAUUCUUACCUCAUUUCUAGACUAGUUUACCAUCUUGUUUGUUCUUCAUAUAACUCGCUAUGCAAGUGUCAUCCAUAAAGUACUGUAUACUGCUACAUAAUUAGAUUCUUAUUUGCAGA